AUGGAGAUCCGGCCGGACAGGUUUAAGGUCGUGGCAGCCAAGACUCUCGGGAAAAUAUACGGAGCUCUUGAGAAAAAGCAGGAAAAUGGCGAAACCAUCGAGCUGUCGGCAGAGGGCCGGCCGGAGCUGGUGGAAGAGAAGGAGAUGCCCGUGGUGGACUGCACAUGCUUCGGUCUGCCCAGGCGCUACAUCAUUGCCAUCCUCUCUGGCAUCGGCUUCUGCAUCUCCUUUGGUAUCCGAUGUAACUUGGGCGUGGCCAUUGUCAGCAUGGUCAACAGCCACACCAUCUUCAGAGACAACAAGGAGGUCAUAGUGAAAGCUCAGUUUGACUGGGAUCCAGAAACAGUGGGAAUGAUCCACGGGUCCUUCUUCUGGGGAUACAUUGUAACCCAAAUCCCAGGAGGGUUUAUCUGUCAAAAGUUUGCAGCAAACAGAGUGUUUGGCUUUGCUAUAGUGGCCACGUCUUGCCUGAAUAUGCUCAUCCCCUCAGCAGCACGGAUGCACUUUGGCUGUGUAAUCAUUGUCAGGAUAUUUCAAGGACUUGUGGAGGGGGUUUCAUAUCCAGCCUGUCAUGGUAUUUGGGCAAAAUGGGCACCGCCUCUUGAAAGAAGUCGCCUGGCCACGACAGCCUUUUGUGGUUCUUAUGCUGGUGCUGUGAUUGCCAUGCCAUUAGCUGGAAUCCUAGUCCAGUACUCAGGAUGGUCAUCAGUUUUCUACGUCUACGGAAGUUUUGGGAUCAUGUGGUAUUGCUUCUGGAUCCUGGUGUCUUAUGAAAGUCCAGCAGCUCAUCCCACCAUCACUGAGGAGGAGCAGAAAUAUAUUGAGGAAAGCAUUGGCGAGUCAGCCCAACAUACAGUAACGAAAUUCAACACACCGUGGAGGUCCUUCUUCACGUCCAUGCCAGUGUACGCCAUCAUCGUGGCUAAUUUCUGCAGAAGCUGGACUUUCUAUUUGCUUCUCAUCAGCCAGCCUGCAUACUUCGAGGAGGUGUUUGGUUUCGAGAUUAGCAAGGUGGGCAUAGUUUCUGCACUUCCCCACCUCGUCAUGACCAUCAUUGUGCCCAUAGGUGGCCAGAUUGCUGACUAUCUGCGCUCCAAUCAAAUCAUGACCACUACUAAUGUCAGGAAACUUAUGAACUGUGGAGGGUUUGGGAUGGAGGCAACCCUGCUGCUAGUGGUGGGAUUCUCACAUACAAAAGGUGUUGCCAUUACAUUCCUGGUCCUGGCUGUGGGGUUCUCUGGCUUUGCCAUUUCAGGUUUCAAUGUCAACCACCUGGACAUUGCACCGCGCUAUGCUAGUAUCCUCAUGGGUAUCUCCAAUGGUGUGGGCACUUUGUCUGGUAUGGUUUGCCCACUUAUAGUUGGUGCCAUGACGAAGCAUAAGACACGGGAAGAGUGGCAAGGGGUGUUUCUUAUCGCCUCACUUGUUCAUUAUGGAGGUGUUAUAUUCUAUGGCAUCUUUGCAUCUGGAGAAAAGCAAGCUUGGGCAGAGCCGGAGCAGCUGAGUGAUGAAAAAUGUGGCAUCCUGGAUGAGGAUGAGCUUGCAAACGAGACGGAGGAGCUGUAUCGCACAAGUGGCGGGGCAGGCUACGGAGCCAUGAACCAGGGAACGGAUCCCAAUGGAGCUGGAGGCAUGGGAGGAGGAGGCUGGGUCUCAGACUGGGACAAAACUGAGGAGUAUGUCCAACCAGCCGGAACCAAUAAUUACCUGUAUGGAGGAGAGGGGGACCGAGAGUUAACAUAAAACCAGCAGAUCUUCUGCACACAGCCUUUACUGUGGCAGAAACAUUACAUCAACAGCGUGAAGUUUCACCCAAUGGCAUGAAGAACUUCGAAAGUGUGGAUUUAAAAUUGAAUGCGGGAGGGGACCACUUUCAGCAAGUCUGACUGUAUUAUCACUACUGAACUGAUUUCAAAGAGACUCCUCAGUGGAGGUGAUGACAUUAGUAAAAUGUGUAAAAUGUGUAUUUGUGUGUGCAAUUGUGUACCUUGUCUGACAGACAAUCUAAGUAAGAGUGUUUUAGGCCUGGUGUGGCUUUUGUUGAUGUUUAUUCACUGUAAUAAUUGUAGAAAUUUAUAUAUUAUCUGACAGUAUUUCAUUUGUAUGCCUCUCACUUAUAUUUGAAUCAUUACAAAUCUGUAGGCACACACUGGUCAAACGCGCACCCCUGUUGUUGCGUGAAAACCUGCUGAGUUUGAUGAAUUGGUUUUUAAAAAGUUUCCACUUAAGUUAAAAAGAAGAAUCACCAAAACCGGACCUACAAGGUUUUCACAAUGUUAUAAAAGCUUUUUUUCCCCCUAAAAGUAAUGUUAAGUUUUGUCCUUAAUGUGCACACUUUAAAGAAAAAGCCUGUUACUUGUGCCAAUACAACAAAAUAUUUUGCUCUGUAGUAUUGGUUUAUUCAUCCACAAAGAAAAUAAUUGAACACCUGCACAUAUUACUGUACACAGCUUUCUGUGAAGUCUAAAUAGCCCAUGCUCAUAUUUUUAGAUGCAGCAUUUUGAUUCCCGUGUGCAGAAAUGUUUUAUGUACUAGGCCUCGAACCUGUCUGCCUGCCGAUAAACCGGGGAAUAACAAUGCCUCUUAUAAGACGAGAAGGAAUGUAAUAUGCAGGGUAGUUCAGAGACACUUUUGUCAGGUCAGUUUGAGAGUGUUUUCUUCAAAAUCAAAUAUCAUAAUUUUGGUAAAUAUGCUUUUCUUGUAAUAUAUGCUUCAUUGAUGUUAUUCUGUUAUGUUAGUGUUGUGUUCAGGUAAUUCAUGCUCAUCCGGACAAGCACUUUGCUGUCAGUAUACGACCUAAGAACCCCCACACAUGCCAGUCUCUGCUGUUUGUCGCAAUGUCAAGGCACAAAAAACACACAGCCAAGACUGUAGCGUGGUGCCAGUUAUGUAACAUAUGACAAAAUUAAAAACUGUGCAAAUAAAAUGAGAAUGUUAGUCCCAUGGAGCCACCAUGUAGAUUUGAGUCAAUCUCAGUAACAGGUGAACUUGCUUUAUUAGUGCUGCAAGCUUACGCUAUAAUCAGUAGUUAAAAGGCUGAUA